CGAUUUUAUUAAAAGCUUUCAAUUCAGUAUAUCUCUUUUUUCAACCCCACUGAAAUUUAAUGCUCUGUUAUAAAACUUUCUCAUUAAUCUUAUUGUUUAGAAAAUACUUUUCAUAUCAAUGGAGCAAGUGAUGGAAAAGCCCUUCAAUAGUAGUCCAAUUCAAUCUGAAAAUGGUGGAUUGGAGAACAAAACACCAUCCCAGAAUCAGAAAAUUUAUCAGAAUUCUCAAGAUUCCGACAACAAUUUGAGAAAAACAUGUACUCCAGAUAGGCUUAAAGUUCCCAAGGCAUUUAAGUACCCUGAAAGGUAUAGAAGUCCAACUGAUUCUAUGAUGUCACCCGUUACAAAAGGUCUUCUUGCAAGAAACAGUAAAGGUGGUGGUGGCGGUUCACUCUUGCCACCUAGUCUAAAUCAAACUAAGAUUCAUGAGUUGCGUGUUCAAGAUGUUGGUGUUUCUAAGAAUUGAAGAACUGAUGAUGGUGGCUGAAAGCUGAAAUUAGAUGGAUUCUUGAACUUGAUGAAUUUGUCUGAAAUGAUGUUAAUUUCAAUAUAAAAUUUACAAUUAAGAAAAAAAAAAAAAACCUAUGGGAUGUAUCUCUUGAACCCGUUUCUAUUUCAAUUGAUCCAGUGAAAGGGGCCUCUUGUAAUUUUGGUAGAGUUUUUGUAUUGUAAUGAUAAUUUUGCUUACUAA